AUGCACCUACUUGGAGUUGAUAAUGUUCGUAUUCCUGACAAGUGCUUUUUGUCCCAAACUAUCGGAAUUAUCACUUUUUGUCAUCAAAUCACCGCCAUACUAUCUCUUAUAAGCUGCUUGCAAAGAGAAAAGUAG